CAGGGCUACAGCCGGCGCGGCGGCCCGCUCGUCCGCCGCCCUGCGCCAUGGCGGGCUGCGCGGCGCGGGCUCCGCCAGGCUCUGAGGCGCGCCUCAGCCUGGCCACCUUCCUGCUGGGCGCCUCCGUGCUCGCGCUGCCGCUGCUCACACGCGCCGGCCUGCAGGGCCGCACCGGGCUGGCGCUCUACGUGGCCGUGCUCAACGCGCUGCUGCUGCUGCUCUACCGGCCGCCGCGCUACCAGAUAGCCAUCCGAGCCUGCUUCCUUGGCUUUGUGUUUGGCUGUGGAGUGCUGCUAAGUUUUAGCCAGUCUUCUUGGAAUCACUUUGGCUGGUAUAUGUGCUCUCUGUCCUUAUUCCACUAUUCCGAAUACUUGGUCACAGCAGUCAACAACCCCAAGAGCCUGUCCUUGGAUUCCUUUCUCCUGAAUCACAGCCUGGAGUAUACAGUAGCCGCUCUUUCUUCUUGGAUAGAGUUCACCCUUGAAAAUAUCUUCUGGCCAGAACUGAAGCAGAUCACCUGGCUCAGUGCCACCGGGCUGCUGAUGGUGGUCUUCGGAGAAUGUCUGCGGAAAGCGGCCAUGUUUACAGCUGGUUCCAACUUCAACCACGUGGUGCAGAAUGAAAAAUCGGAAACCCAUACUCUGGUGACCAGCGGAGUCUACGCCUGGUUCCGGCAUCCUUCUUAUGUCGGGUGGUUUUACUGGAGUAUUGGGACCCAGGUGAUGCUGUGUAAUCCCAUCUGCGGCGUGAGCUAUGCCCUGACUGUGUGGCGGUUCUUCCGCGACCGAACAGAAGAGGAGGAGAUCUCGCUGAUCCACUUCUUUGGGGAGGAGUACCUGGAGUACAAGAAGCGGGUGCCCACGGGCCUGCCCUUCAUCAAAGGGGUCAAAGUGGAGCUAUGACAGGCCGGGACCCAGCCGCCUCCUGUCGGCCACUCUGCGGAAUGGAUUUUCUUCCCCUUUUUGUAUGUCACCAAUCGCUCUUCUGGAAUACCACUCAAGACCAAGUGGUCAGAAGGCCUUAGGACCAAAGGACGCCCCCCCCAACUCCCCACCACCCCAGAGCAGCCUGCUCUUGGCCUAAAUCAAGACAGGACAUGGAUUAAAAAUGGACAAGAAGCAAAUAAGAGCAAUACUCAGCGGUGCCCUCCAGACGUGCCCUGGGGGAGCCUGGGCCAUGCUCCAUCCCCCACGAGGCCAGUGGUAACCAAGACCCCUGGGGAGAGGCGGGCUCGCUCCUGCCAGUGAGCCAGGCUCCCGCGGCAGGAAGGGCAUCCGUGCUUGUUAGCGCUAGAAACUCAGUCAGACCCCAACUGUAGCCGAAGACCCCGAGCAGCACAGCUUUAACCUCCUUACUUCUGUCCCCCGCGCAUGAGCGUGUCUAAGUUUGAAAGACACUUCCUUGUAAGGCACUUUGGCUCUUCACAGCUCAUGGUAUUUACAUAUCUAUUUUUUAAAAAACAGCAGUAUGAACUCAAAGGGGAGUCACUUGGCUUGUGAGCCCCAGCUUUUCUUUGGCAGAAAGGCGGCACGGACACCCCCAGACGACCGGGCCGAGGCUUUGCAUUACCGGGGCUCCACAGGCCAGGGGGACCGUGGGCCCCUGUGGCUUUUCUGGGUCCCGGUUCCUGCUCCCCGCAAGGGGGGCUGUUACUGCUGAUGGGCCUGUCCCAGAGGUCUCAUUUCUCCUUCACCCAAGAGAUGCUUCCAGGACACCUGCUGCGUGCAAGGCGUUCUUAAACCUUGAGAGAGACUGCUCUCCGUUCACUUGGGGUUUAUUCUGAUUUUACCAUAGCUUAUAUUUUUGCGUUUGGGUUUAAAUCUAUUAUUAACCAUUGAUUUCUAUGCUCUCUUCUCAAAAUUCCAUCGUCCCUAAUGCCAUUUCAAACUGUCUUUUCCAAAGGGGUUUGUUUGAGCAUAUACAACUACAAAAUUCAAGCACGUCAACUCAUGAAAAAAAAUAGAGCAAAUAAUCCCAGCUGAGGUUUAGUCAGUACUUUUGUUUUUCACGUUUGGGGAGCGUCGUUGGCUUUAUGAGUCAGACAUAAAAGCCUUGAGACCCUUGCUGAAUUCUGGACCAGAGAGGAGCUUGGUCUCCGUGUGAAUUCCUUCCGUGUGGUCCUGCCUGGCACCUGCAGAGCGGGAAUCGGAGGUGGCUUCAGCCCCUGGCUGGGGCGCUGCCCUGCCCCACUGCGCCCCGCCACGCCGCGCCCCGUGGCUCUCAGGGGCCACUAAACCUUUCCGUGCCUAGACCUCCCCAUCUGUGGAAUGGGGUCCAUACCGCCUACCUCACAGGGCUGUUGUGAAGACUCAGAACCAUGUCAGAUGUUUUAAUAGGUGAGAGAGAGGACGUCACUGAAACCAGUACUGCAUGAGUUCCACGGAAACAGACAUUGGGUUUCACUGCACCUGACACCAGAAGUGUGUGUUCCAAAAAGCAUGACUGACAACUCAAAACAUGACUGACUUCUCGAUUUCAUGGCCUAAUUAAUUUUCUCAUUCUUAUAUAUACCAAAGAGGUUUACGGGUUCGUCGGUGACAGGUGUGACCCUCGCCGGUGUGAGGGCUGGACAGACUCUAGCCUCCGCCCUCCUGAGGUCUUGAAAGAGGCCGGGCCCAGGCGGCAGCCGGAGCCUUGGUGGGCACACGGCGCCGUGGGACACCAGCGCGCACUUCCUGUGUUUGGGGACUUGAAUCAGAUCUAGACUUGUUCUCUAGACCACGCUUAGCAAAGUCACCCCCGCUGCAGAACAGAGGAGGGGGCCGCUGAGGUUUGGGCUCUCUUCGAGGGAGAGUCCUGUCUUGCGGGCAGCUUUCAUUGCCGCUGGGGGCCGUGACGUUGCCUUUUUAGUGGGUGGAAAGCAGCUAAUGCCACCCCUGGCUCUGGACGGUGAGAGUGAAGGUCUUGGCAUCUGACCUUCUGUUCCUCCUCCGCCCACCUGCCUGGAGCUCAGCACGCGGUCCCUGGUGUCGGCAGCGAGAUGCCAACGUCACACCACCUGGGCUUGCUGUGACACCCUGCUGGGCUUUAGAGAGCAGUUCCACGAGCGUGUUCCCACCAUGAUCUAUAACCCAGGGUGGAAGUCAGCAAUGACUUUGGGACCCUAGGUGAACUGCUUAGGGGCAGGAUUUGGCGGGUGAUCAACUUUCCUCUAGCACUGAGAUUGUCAGAUUAUUUUUAACUUUAUAAAUUUAGCAGUGACAGCACAUGCGGCAGAGAAUCAGGUCAGCGCGGCACAGGCUUGCCGGCUAGUCCCGAAAGCCCUUGUGGGUAAAGGCCGUGUUGCGGGCUCCUUCCAUUGAGAAAUUGUCAGGAGAGUUCUUUUUUCACUGCAGGUUUUAAAUUGGAGCUUCUGAAAUGCAAAGUAGGCACUGCCCAGAACAAAGCUACUUUGAAGCAGCGCAAAAUGAAACAUUGGAUGAGGAUUUGCAGUGUGGGGCAGAGAAUGGCAGUUCAUGGGAGAGAGGUUUGGGGCGAGCCUGGCAGAAAGCAGGAGGCGGCACACCCAGCACCCUUCGUCAGCAUGAGCUGCUGCUUCAGCCUUAGACGUGAACGUUAGCAAUCCCUUCCCCUCAUGUAACGCUCUGGGCGACUGACCUGACAGGGACUGUCCCUACACCGAGGGUCUGUGCUGACAGGUUGGGCUUGGCAGGGGCUCGGCCACGGCUCCUCGUGGCAGUCUCCCCGAGCGGGCACAGUAAAGCACCGUCCCUCUGCACUUUCCUUACUGCCUUAGAUGGGCGCCCUCGUUUCCUUGGUGACUCGGUGACGCCAGGCCUGUCCAGUGUUGGGGAGGCUCGCUCUCCGUGCCCUGCUAGGGAAGCGGACGCCUCGCCUCGUCCUGGGCUCGGGUGGCCGGCCGUCAGGAGUGGUCCCCGGCACCUGUUCCCAGGGACCUGUCCCACAGCGAAGCUAGGGGAGUAACUUAAUGGCGUAAUUACUUUUUACACACAGAAAUGUUUAUUUCAAUAUUGGAUUUUCUUUCACAGAUACUGAUUAUUUCCAAUUCUUAAAUAAAACUACUUGAUUUCACUAUGAA